UUAGGUGAGACGCUAAAUGGUCAGCGUCUUAUCGAGUUCCGACUAGGCCAGGAAGCAGAGUCGGAACAGGGGCUGUCAGUAGCGGCAGCCGAGUUAAUGGUGCGCGCUGAAGCGACACCGAAAGCACGCCGUCUACGCUACACGCUCUGGGCGUUCACCGUUCACGGGAACUCGAGCGUAGGCGAGCUCGCCGGCACUACAGAAGCCGGGGGUGGUAGAAGCGGUCGAGGAUGGCAGCGUGUAGACGUAACGGGUGCCGCGCGACGAUGGGCGGCGGCGGGCGCGAUGGAGCCGCUGCGGUUGCUGGUCGACUGCAGCGGAUGCGCGGGUCGCGUGCGACUGCGGUUGGGCGGCGCGGCGGCGGCGCGACCGCUGCUGCGACUGCGGGUCGCAGCUCGCGCGCCUCGACGUCGCCGCGCACUCGACUGCGAUGCCGCCGCCCAUGGCCGCUGUUGCAGACAGACAUACUACGUGAGCUUCCGCGCGCUCGGCUGGGACGACUGGAUCGUCGCUCCUGAGGGCUACUACGCUAAUUACUGCCGUGGCGCGUGUGAGCCAUACCUCAACUAUCACUCGCAGGUGGUGGAGGCGGCACGGCUGGAGCGCGCCGCGUGCUGCGCGCCCGUGCGCUUCUCCGCGCUCUCGCUCAUCUACUUCGGUGCCGACUCGAACAUCAUCAAACGCGACCUGCCCGAGAUGGUGGUCGAGGAGUGCGAUUGCCCGUAGCGGCUCUGUACAUAGCCUCCGCCGCGUCGCCCCGCCUCUCUCCCGCCGCCCAUGCGGUAACGCUUUCGCCGCUCGAAUCUGAUUUAAUCCGAAUCGAUUAUAAAUAAUAUUCUCGACUUGUGUAAUAUUUUGUUCCUCGCGUUCGAAAGACUGUAUCCUAAAAUCGAAUAACAAGACCGUCUGCGGUCGAUUCGUGUCUCGGGUGCGGUGCCGCUAAGACGUUUUGCAUUCCAGUGCGGUGCGUCACACGCGUGCUAUCGAGUUCUGUUGCGUUACGAAAACGUACCUCAAUGUCGCAACCUGCCAAAUUCCCUCGCAACCACGUGUGUGACGAGCCGUUGCUGCGACCGGCAGCCGCACGCCGCUG